AUGAAAUUAUAGAAAUUAAAGACUUAGAGGAGAAAUAGAGAAGAGAUUAAAUCCGUAAAUUUAUUAUCUCUGUCAAUAAUUCAAUACCCCAAAUAGUCAAAUUCAAUGAAUAAUAAAAUAAAUAGUUUAUAAAUUCCAAUAUCUAAAACCAUUAACAUUAAAACAGAUAUAGAAUUUAAUAUAGAUGAAAUUCUAAGAUAAAUGAUAAAUGAACUAUUUAAUGAAAUUAUGACUAGCUAUAAAAGCAAUCUAUAAUUAUUUAUAGACAGAUCUGAAGUCAUUUAAAAACAUUAUUGA